CAAUCGUUUCAUCCGAACCGGCCGGUCCAGUGCCGCAACUCUAUCCAUUUUCUCUUUCUUCUCUUUCGUUCCUCUGUUUCAGGCAAAGAAUCUUUGUCAGUCACAACAAUGUCAACACCCAUUCUCCAAUUGACUUCACUUCCUCCCACAAAACACAACAACACAGAACCACCUCCAAGAAUCGAAGCUGCUUCUACACUUGCACUAGAAUCUUUACCUCACCUCAUCUCCCUCAUUCCCAAAUGCACCUCUCUUAGGGAGCUCAAGCAAAUUCAAGCUCACACCAUCAAGACCCACCUCCAGAAUGACACCAAUGUCCUCACCAAGCUCAUAAAUUUCUGCACUUCCAACCCCACCACAGCUUCUAUGGAACAUGCCCACCAUCUGUUCGACAAAAUUCCUCAACCAGAUAUUUUUCUUUUUAACUCAUUGGCACGUGGGUAUGCCCGUUCUGAUGACCCUUUUAAAGCAAUCAUUCUGUUUUCUCGCGUGUUGUGCUCGGGCCUCCUUCCGGAUGAUUACACAUUCUCCUCCCUACUCAAGGCGUGUUCGAGGGUUAAGGCCUUGCAGGAAGGUAAACAGCUGCAUUGCCUUGCUUUCAAACUGGGGGUAAGUGAUAACAUGUAUGUGUCCCCAACACUCAUAAACAUGUAUACUGCCUGUGAUGACAUUGAUGCUGCUAAAAGGGUCUUUGGUAAGAUCGAUGAACCGUGUGUUGUUGCAUAUAAUGCAAUCAUUACUAGCUGUGCUAGGAAGAGUCAGCCCACUGAGGCAUUGGCUUUGUUUAGAGAAUUGCAGGAGGCUGGUCUUAAGCCGACUUAUGUCACCAUGCUUGUCGUGCUUUCGUCCUGUGCUUUGCUAGGAGCGUUGGACUUGGGGAGGUGGAUCCAUGAGUAUGUUAAGAAGUAUGGGUUUGAUCAAUACGUGAAGGUAAAUACUGCACUUAUAGAUAUGUAUUCUAAAUGCGGGAGUUUGGAUGAUGCUGUUAAAGUGUUCAGGAGCAUGGAUAGGAGAGACACACAGGCGUGGUCGGCGAUGAUUGUUGCUUAUGCAACACAUGGACAUGGUUCCCAAGCUAUGUCAUUGUUGGAAGAAAUGAAGAAGGAAAAAGUGCAGCCUGAUGAGAUAACUUUUUUAGGUAUAUUAUAUGCAUGCAGUCACAAUGGAUUGGUCGAGGAAGGUUAUGAGUAUUUUCGUAGUAUGACUCAUGAGUACGGGAUUGUUCCUAGUAUCAAGCAUUAUGGGUGUAUGGUGGAUUUGCUUGGUCGAGCUGGACGCUUGGAUGAAGCAUAUAAAUUCAUAGAUGAAUUACCAAUCAAGCCCACACCAAUUCUGUGGAGGACAUUGCUAUCUGCUUGUAGCAGUCAUGGCAAUGUUGAAAUGGGGAAACAAGUAAUGCAGAGAAUCUCUGAACUGGACGAUUCUCAUGGUGGUGAUUAUGUUCUUUUGUCAAACUUGUGUGCAAGAUCUGGAAGAUGGGAUGAUGUGAGUCACUUAAGGAGAAUGAUGAUAGACAAAGGAGCAGGGAAAAUUCCUGGGUGUAGUUCUAUAGAGGUUAACAAUGUCGUUCAUGAAUUCUUCUCUGGGGAUGGAGUUCAUUUCACUUCUUCUGUAUUACACCAUGCGCUUGAUGAGUUGGUAAAGGAAUUGAAGCUGGCUGGGUAUGUACCUGACACAUCUCUAGUCUUUCAUGCAGGCAUGGAAGAUGAAGAGAAAGAAAUGAUUCUUAGGUAUCACAGUGAGAAAUUGGCUAUUACUUUUGGGUUGCUGAAUACUCCCCCUGGAACAACAAUUCGUGUGGUCAAGAACCUUAGAGUUUGUGUUGAUUGCCAUAAUGCUGCUAAAUUUAUAUCAUUGAUCUUUGGUAGGCAAAUUAUUCUCAGAGAUGUCCAGCGAUUUCAUCAUUUCAAAGAUGGGAAAUGCUCUUGUGGGGAAUACUGGUAGUGGAGUUUUUUAAUCAAUAUUCAACUUUCUCACAGAUUCUAAAAACUUGAUCCCUUUAUUGCCACGGAAUUAAGUUAUAUUUGUGCUUGGAAGGAAUAGCCUCUGUAUGCAGCCAGGAAGAAGAAAGGUUUGUUCAUGUAAAUUAGGGAAUGGAAUCAAUGGAUCAUCAUCAUGAUUAGCAAAUUCAAAUAAUUAUAACAGAGAGUUUGCAUACAUGUUGGUAUCAAUUAUUGCCUUGGAAGGUUCAGGUUCAUUCUUAGGUAAUAUAACCUACCCGUAUUGCUGGUAUUGUUGACAUUUAAAGUUCAUUUUUGUAAAUAAAAUUUGUAUAUUUUACAUUGUGACUGUAGAUACUAGAUAUAUGCAGAUAGCUCUGGAAUUUAAGCAGUAGGGAAUACAAGAUAUUGUGACUGUAGUAGAUACUAGAUGUUGUGUCCUCUGCAUAGACUUCUUGUUUACUUAUAUUAUCUUACAGAUUAACCAAUUAUGGAUUGCUCUUAGGGAAAAAUCUACUGUGCUGCACACAUUAUUUUGUGGAAAAAUUAGCUCCUUACACACUAUUCAGUACUAUUUUUUUAUGGUUUUGAUUCCUCAUUAUUUUAAAUUUAGGUGUUUUAGUCCCUCAAUUUAAGAGAGUUUUGUUAAGUGAUGAAGUGGUAAAUAGUGAGUCACCUCACCUUAGACACAUUAAAAUAAUUAUCUCAUGUGGCCACCACUCUCACCCACUCAGCUUUCCAUGCACACCUUUUUGCCUUCUCCUUUUCUCCCGAUCGAUCUCUUUCUGCUAGUUUUUUUCUUUCCCCUUUUCCACCACUCACUCUCUACUUUCUUCUCAUUUGAGGUUAUCAUUCAUGAGAUGAGGACGGUGUUGAAGAGGAAGUGGAGGUGUGUAUUUGAGGCAAUCAUUCAUGUUGGAGGUGUGUAUUUGAGGCAAUUAAAGCUUAGAAAUGAACAUAAAAAGGCAGCAAAGCUGCAAUGAAAAAUGUUAAUAACAUACUUCUUUAUUAUUUUUAACACAUCUACUACACUUUAAAAGAGACUCAAGAAAUCACUAUUCCUAAAAGAACUUUCAAUCUUGGCCGUCCAUUUGAUUCUCUCUCCAUGCGAUCUAUUUAAUCAUGGCCCUUCCUUUGUGAGACUUUUUUCAUCUUUAUUCCACUCAAGCUGCUCUAAUUUUCUGAUAUACAGAACGUCGUGAUAGAGUGUGUUCACCAUGGUUUGAUUUCGUGGGUAUACGUCACCCCUGCAGCCCCUGUCCCUGUAGCGUGUUUCUGGAUGAGGCAAAGAGUGUGUCCAUAGCCAUCGUCAUUCUUGCAGACAGCCUGUGUCAUGCAGUAGUUGUUUGGGUUAGGUGUAGUUGUAGAAGGAAGGAUCAUUGUAAGUUUGGUUGAAGUAGGAAGUCGAAAUUUUAGGUUUUCCUGUUGAACACGAUUUAGGGAAAAUUUCGUCACCCUGACCUAAGUUUCUUCAAGUCAUUGUCAGAUAGGUUGUAAUUGAAGGAGGAGAAUAGAACUGUUGAUGAAGGAUUUUGAUAUGUGCAGAAUGUGCUGUCUGAAGGAGGAUGGUAGAUGUGUAUCAGAAGCCAUGUCAGGUCAGUAACAGAGGUUUGGUAUGCAUAGCUGUGAAGCAGGUUUACUGCUGAAACUCAAUUCAAUUUAAUGUAAUUUAAUUUAUUUUUUGAAAUGCUCAAAUGUUUCUCACUUGCACUUGUCUAUAAAUACUGCUCUCUUCUGUUCUUCUUGGUGUUCUUGCUCAAUGCAAUUUUCUUUUGCUUAUCUCCCCUUUCGUAUAGAGAAUUGUUGAUUGUUGUUACUUAUGGCUUUUACUGCUGGUCUUUUCCAUCCCCUUUGUAGCUUAUGCCCAAGCAAAGAUGUUUCCUGUUGUUGAUCCUGGCAAACCAUAUGCUAUUAAUCUUGUCUUGAUCGUUCAUAGGUUAUUUCUUUUCUUGAAGAAGUGCUAUGUGCUUGCUUCCAGGUAGGUUUUUUCUAUAUGUCUUCUUUGGUUAUAUUGCUUUCAUUGGUUUUAAAGGGUGAUCUUGAGGUUUUCUGUCCAGUUUUGGAAGUUAUGGUCUCAAAAAUUAUUGUAUAGUAAAACCUGAUAUUUGAAAUUGAAAAAAAUUGCAAAAUAGGUUAUUAUGUUUGUUUUCAUAAGUUGAUUAUAGUAUUUUGCUUCCUAUUCAGGUUAUUGGUUAGUGAAUUUGCUUUAUUGCAGUAAAAGGAUAAAGCAUAGCAUCUUAUCAUAAUUUUAAGGCUGCCACUGCACAAAAAAUUGCAAUUUCUUUGAAAACACCCAUCAAAUAUGUUUUCAUGACAUACCUGUAUACUAAUUGGAAUCACGUGCUUAGGCAAAUCUGCAGUUGAAGCAAUAUAACUAUAUAUUUUCAUUAGUUUGUCACCCCUGGAUCUGGUCUGUCCUUUGGAUGUGAGUAUUGCCAAGCCUUUGUUGAUAUAGUAUAAUGAUUUAUUAAUUUAUAUUGGAUUAGUUUGAUUACUUGAUUCCUUCCUCAAUUAUUUUUUCCUUGAUGCAUUCUGUUGUUGAUGUUGAUUACCUGCUGGAGGUUGAGGAAAAAAUUAUUGGAAAAGAAUUGUUGUUCAAAGUUUCUAAGAUUCCUGGUAUUACAAUUAAGGGGUUUCCUUGCUAUGAGGUUCUUCGAAUUUGUGCUGAUACUGAGAUCAUUUCACUUUUCUUUUCUGAGGCAGCGAGUACUACAUCGAUUAUGGUGACAGAUGGUGAGGGAGAACAUGCUGCCCAUGUUGCUGGAUAUGGAAAAAGUAUCAAUGAAGGUGCUCUUGCAAAUUUGGUGAAAAGAAAAUUGAAAGUGUCUGGUAGUGAGUUUUAUGAAGAUGCAGAUAGCAAGCUAAGAAAGGUUGAAACAAAGGUGGUGGAGAAGGUAGAAAUCACUGGUCAUGACUUUGCCAAUGCUGAUGAUGGAUUGUUAGGUGAAAUUAAUCGCUUGAAGGAAAUUAAGAUAGCUGAUGGGGGGUCUGACUGUGAGGGUCGUUUUGUACCAGUUGCUGAGUUCAAGGUCCAGGAAAAACAUGAAAUUUCAACCUGCUGGCUUCUAGAGGUUCAUUACUGGAUGGUGGAUAUUGCUUACUCUGAAUGAAGAAUUCAAUGUACCUGGGUGUUAUGUGUUAGCAUUAUGUUGUCCCUUUUUUGUAAAUCUAUGGGGCCAUUGAACUAAGUAUUGUAUUUAAUUAAGUGUGAUGCUACAUGUCCUAUGUUAGAACUGCAUGUAGUUUGGUGAACGUGAUAUGUAUUUGCUAUUUUGUAACCUCUUGAGAACUGUGAUGUGCAGAAUUGUAGUUUAAGUAACCCUAUUAUCAAUAUAAGUUAUUGUGUUUGUAUUCA